AUGCCCGCCUUCGUUGAGACUGGGGCCAGGCAGGCAGGCCCCAAAAAACUCGUUCUUUGCUUCGACGGUACUGGCAAUUCGUUCAGUGGUUCGAACGCGGACACGAAUGUUGUCAAGAUUCUGAGCAAGCUGGAGCGUAACCAACCUGGCCAGUACCAUUACUAUCAAACCGGUAUUGGGACGUACGACGUGGAUGAGAAAUCUGUGCACAAGACGAAGAUCGGUGAGAUGCGAAGCUCCGUCUCGAAGACAAUUGAUCAGGCAAUCGGGACGACUUUUGACCACCAUGUCAUGGCGGGAUACCGCUUUCUGAUGCGUUACUACGACUCUGGCGCCAAGAUCUACAUGUUCGGGUUUAGUCGGGGUGCCUUCACGGCCCGGUUUCUCGCACGCAUGAUCCACACCGUGGGACUGCUUUGCAAGGGCAACGAGGAGAUGGUGCCAUUUGCCUAUCGUCUCUACCAACGUUACCUGGCAGGCGAGACUGAGGAUUUUGUUAAGGCAUCGUCCGGAGCACAACAAAAUAAAGACAUUGACGUUGAUGAGCAGACUAGACAAUGCGACCCCCUUGAACAUCACCACGGCCAAGGCUUCGAGCUUGCCCUAGAUGAGAUUACAGCAUUCAGCCGCACCUUUUGCCGGAAAGAGUUUACAGACAAUGACGGAGUCAUGGAGGCGAGUAACAUCAAGGUUUACUUCCUCGGAAUCUGGGACUGUGUGAACUCGGUCGCAGUCCUCGAGCGUAGUGCGCCCAUUCCGCAGCCGGUGAAGGGUACGGCUCACCAUGUCCGUCACGCUGUUGCAGUCGACGAGCGACGGGUCAAGUUCAAGGCUGCCCUCAUGACACAGGACACGAGCUGCGUGACGCAGACCGACGAGGAUAUAAAGGAGGUCUGGUUCCCUGGCUGCCACGGCGACGUUGGGGGUGGCUGGCCCGCAGCCGAGAACAACCCGCUGGACACAAGCAACAGGCAAGACAUGUCGUGGUGGCAGCGUGUCAAGAGCAUCUUCACAACGCGCAAAGCCAAAGCGGCUACCAGAGAUGUCCGUUUGGACCUUUUCCAAAUGAGCGACAUUCCACUCGCCUGGAUGAUCCGCGAACUCGAGCUACUGGGCGAAGAAGAUCCCUCGGCAGCACUUCAGUGGUGUACCAGCGUCCAUGGUUUUAAGAGAGCCUUUCAGGAGAAGAAGAAGCAGGCGUUGUCAGGUCUCCUCCAUGACUCUCUCUCUUUUGGCACAGGCACGGGGAUGUUCACUGUUCUUCUGUGGAAGCUGAUGGAAUUCCUGCCAAUCAUCAAGAGAUGGGAGCUCGAGCGUGAGAAGUGGGAGAAUGUCCGUUUCCCGCUUAACAAGGGCUCUGCUCGUGACAUCCCACGCGAUGCGCUACUACACAGUUCGCUGCUAUCGCGCCUGCAAAAUGAUGAGAAAUACUGCCCCUUCAACAAUCAUGGGGGUCAGCUGCCACCUUGUCUUAAGCAAAAGGGUACCGUGACCGACUUUGUUUCGAUUAUGGAGGACGGAAAGAUCGCAGACCCAGACCAUCAACUUUAUACUUUUGCCAAAACUGACUAA